AUGAGUGCAUCACCAAGCGCAAUUGUACGUCGUUCGCGUCAAAGUAUUUGGCCAGCUAUAACGGUGGAAGAAGCAAUAAGAAUAGUGGAGGAACAUGCUGAAUACGCGUUAUUAACGGAUAGAACACGUACAGUCUUCAUUACGGAUAUCAAAACAGGAGAUAUUCUAGCGGAAAAUGUGGUUGCGACAAAAGCACACCCUGAAGUGCGUACAUCUGUUAAAGAUGGAUAUGCUGUUGUGGCAUCAGAUGGCAAAGGUAUUCGAAAGGUUGUGGCUGGAACAACGGCCGGUCUUCUGGCUUCUGAUAUUCUUCGACCAGGCACUAUCUGUCGGGUAAAUACAGGUUCCAUGGUGCCAGAUGGUGCAGAUGCUGUGGUACAGGUUGAAAAUACUCGUAUUGUGGAACAUAAUAACUUUGAAGAAAUUGCAGUAGAGAUUUUGGUUGAACCGAAAACUGGACAAGAUAUCAGGGAAAUUGGUUCUGAUAUCAAGCUGGGAGAAAUCUUGCUUUUCAAAGGGUGCGAGAUAAAUGCAGCUGAAAUUGGCAUAUUAGCAGCAUCGGAGAGAAAUUUCGUGCAAAUAUUUCGGAAACCCAAAGUGGCAGUUAUUUCGACAGGCAAUGAAGUAGUGGACAGCAGAUCGAAUGGCUGUCCAUUAGGGUCAGUAAGGGACACAAAUCGUCCACAACUUAUUGCUUUAUUGAAGGAAAAUAAUUUCAAAUGCGUGGACAUUGGCAUUCUGCCAGAUGAAAAAAAAAAAAUAGAAGAAGGAUUGAAAGCAGCAUUGACGUUGUGUGACGUUACUGUUUGUUCUGGUGGCGUUUCUAUGGGUGAAAAGGAUUAUCUCAAAGAUGUACUCCAAAACCAGUUAAAUUUCACUAUUAAAUUCGGUAGAGUAAUGAUUAAACCUGGUUUGCCAACUACUUUCGCAUAUGGAAAGUGGAAUAACAAAGAAAAAUUGGUUUUUGCUUUACCCGGAAAUCCUGUAUCAACUUGGGUUACUGCACAAUUAUUUCUAUUACCUACGCUGAAGAAAAUGGCAGGAUGGGAACACAACCAGCACACGGUUAUCAGUGUACGGUUAAGCGAGACAAUAAAGUUGGAUCGUCGGCCAGAAUAUCGACGAGCUUGUUUACUGCCUGAUCCAAAAAAUUUACCUCGCGCAAUUUGCUUAGAGAAAGCGCAAAUGAGCUCACGACUAUUAUCAAUUCGAGGCGCUAAUUUGUUGCUGAAAUUACCCCCUUGCACAGAUACUAAGUCAACAGUGCAAAAGAACGAAGUGGUGGAAGCAAUAGUGAUUGGCCGAUUGUAA